AUGAACGCCGCACUUCUUCGGUCCUCUGCACGGGCCGUCCGCGGCACCCGUCUUCCCGCCCGGUCGAGGUGGAUGUCGUCUGGAGGGCACGGCGAAUACAACCCGAUACCCAUCAACCCGAACAACCUGCGCGCAUUGAAGUUCAAGUUAUACGGAUACAUGGGCUUCGGCUUUGUGUUGCCGUUUGUCGCGAGUGGAUACCAGCUAUGGAAGGGCGGAGCGUUCAACGCACCGAACUAG